AUGAACAUUGGCCAAAUUCCAGUGAACAUGCUUACACACCUCAACGUCGCUUUCGCGUACAUUACCCAGGAUUUCGCCAUCACAAACAUGGAUGGAGUUUCAUUGGAGACAUACAGGAACAUUGGCAACCUCAAGUCAAGAAACCCUAAUCUGAAAAUCGUCAUCUCCCUUGGUGGCUGGGCAUUCAGCGACCCGGGGUCGUGGCGCAAUGUAUUUCCAACCAUGGUUUCUUCCAAAGAAAAUCGCGCUGCGUUCAUCCAAAAUUUGCUGGGCUUUCUUUCAGAGUACGGCUAUGACGGCGUUGAUUUGGAUUGGGAAUACCCUGGCGCUGAAGACCGUGGGGGUUCUAAGACCGACGCGAAUAACUACGUGGCUCUUCUCAAGGAGCUGCGAGAGGCUAUUAAUCGCAGUGGUCGUAGUUACAUUGUGACUUUCACGGCUCCAACUUCUUAUUGGUAUCUCCGUAACUUCGACAUCAAGGGUAUGGAGCCUUACGUGGACUGGAUUAAUGUCAUGUCAUAUGAUCUGCAUGGUGUCUGGGACAAAUCUAAUCCUAUUGGAAACCAUGUUCUCGCCCACACCAAUUUGACAGAGAUCAGCUUGGCAUUUGAUCUGUUUUGGAGAGCGGAAGUUGCACCAUCGAACCUAGUACUGGGCCUUGCAUUUUACGGAAGAACAUUUAAACUUGAGUCUUCGGCUUGCUGGAGGCCAGGAUGCCUAUUCAGUGGCCCAGGUGACGCUGGGCAAUGCACCGGCACACCCGGCAUUCUCUCGUAUCGAGAAAUACAAGACCUUCUCCGCAAAACCGGAGCGGACUCGUAUUUGGACGAAGAGGCUGCCGUCAGAUAUCUUGUGUAUGGCGAAGGCAGCUGGAUCUCCUUUGACGACGACGUUACCUUCCAGGCAAAGAUAGACUGGGCUAACGAACUCGGGCUCUCUGGGCUUAUGAUUUGGGCCGUGGAUCUCGACGACAGCAAACUCACAGCACUGCGGGCUGUGACGAAUUCAGAAGCGCAAGAUGAAAUACCAUUCUCUCUUGUCGACCUCAAAUACCUUUUUCCGAAGGAGGAUCUCCCUGCACCGGACACAAAGCCUAGCUAUGGCCUCAUCACGUUCGGCAGUGCCGGGGACAUGAUCUACGUCGUAGAGCCGUGCGGGAAAAAUUCGUUUGCCCGGGCGAUCUCCUUGGAGCUCUCUGCGGACCAGUAUAUCCCGGCGGAAUAUUCAGCACAAGGUUUGACUUCGGCUGUCUACGACUUUACAUUUGAUCGGAAUCUAGGACUUAUGAGACGGGAUACAAACAACACCCGAAUUCGAUUGGACUACUCCAACGCUCAGAAUUAUUGGGAUGCCAUUGUCGACUCGCCUGGAAUCCAAUCACGCCAUGUGGGAACACUGGAAGAGCGUUUCUUUGCUCCUGACAAGGCAGAAUGGACGAAAAAGGGUUUAGACUUCGAGUUCGACACCAGCAAUGGCGAGACGAUCCAAAAAGAUAUAGGCACCCCGCUCUUUUGGCAAACGGUAGAUGACUGCGACGUCUCGGGUUCCGAGUUUAGCGAGGGCGUUGGCGUCUAUGUCGACGGAACCAUUGACGCAAAACUCUUUUACGGUUUCUCUUUGAUUGCGAAUCUCCGAGAUCGUGAACUGGGAGGAUACGAGUUGGACGUAACUGAGGCCCACGGUUUCCUCAAAACGACUGGCCAAACAGACCUAACAUACGGCAUUGGAGGCGUUGGUAACAUUGACAUCUCCCGCGCGGGCAAGGGCAAUCCAGCUUUCUACGAGCAACCAGAGGUACAUGUCGGCGGUAUGGGUCAGAUCUCACCUGGAGCCUCGGUUUGGGUCACGCCGUACUACAAAGUGAUCUAUCAACUGGCCACCAUCAAUGGAUCAACCGGUGGUCCCAGUCUACAAACAGGAGCGGCUCAAUUUAAUGGCCGAAUGAGCUCCCGCGUCAUUACCGAUCUCGGAAACUUCCAAGUCAAUUUCCCGACGGACAAGGAACCACCGCAGGAAAUGUAUAAUGAUAAGCGCCACAAAAAUCGAAUCGCCAUACCUGGCGAUAACGUCCUGUACGGAAGCUCUGCUGUCGGGGGGCAAGUGGCAAUCGGUACAUUUGUCAAUUUCGGCCUUAAGAUCGACAUCUCGUUCUUUGGUGUGCCAGUACCAGAUCCCAAACUUGAGGUUAUCUAUAAUACUAUGGGGAAAUUUGCAUUUUAUCCUGGUGAUGGUGAGCACGGCGAGGUCUGUGCCGACUACGAUAUCAUGCAAGUUCCACCACCGAGCACCGACUGCGUCUAA